GAACUAUCGACGCACACGCUGUUCCGAUGAAGCUCGAUACAAGCGCAUUGCGCUACCUCACAAGUGACGAUUGGCGCGUAUUGGCUGCAUUCGAACAAGGCAGCAAAAAUCAUGAAGUAGUGCCAACACCUCUGAUUCAAUCUAUCUCUGGCCUCAGAGGAGGCAGCGGUAUCCACAAAAACAUCUCGAAUUUAGCGAAAGUCGGGCUCAUCGCGAAAGUGAAAAACGCAAGAUAUGACGGCUAUCGGCUCACAUACGGGGGACUCGACUAUCUCGCACUCAAUGCUCACCGUAGAUCCAACACAAUCUUCUCACUCGGCAACCAGAUUGGUGUCGGCAAAGAGUCAGACAUCUACAUCACAGCAUCACCCGAAGGCCGCCAACAAGUUCUCAAGCUCCAUCGUCUAGGUCGGAUCUCAUUUCGCACAGUCAAGGCCAAUCGCGAUUAUCUACGGAAAUCUGGACCCUCUGGCACAGGCGACUGGAAGUAUCUCUCCCGUCUCGCAGCUCACAAGGAGUAUGAAUUCAUGCGAGUACUCCACAGAGAAGGGUUCCCGAUACCAGAACCACUGGCCUGGAGCCGUCACACAGUAGUUAUGGAGUUCAUCGAUUCAUUUCCCCUGCGCAUGGUCGAUGAAGUCGGAGACCCUGGCACGCUGUAUGCCGAGCUGAUGGAUUUGAUCGUCCGACUUGCGCAACGGGGAUUAAUACAUGGCGAUUUCAACGAAUUCAACAUUCUGAUCAAGGAGAAGCCGAGAGCAGAUGGCUCUGUCCAAGUCAUCCCCAUCCUGAUUGACUUUCCGCAGACGGUGAGUACGAAUCACGCGAAUGCUCAAUACUACUUCGAUCGGGAUGUGGCUUGCGUCAAGAGAUACUUUGAGCGAAGAUUCAAGUAUACAAGUGAUGCCAAGGGACCCACCUUCAAGGAAGCCCUGAAGGGCGCUGAUCCCGAGAGGCGGCUAGAUGUCGAAGUCGAAGCUAGCGGCUUUUCGAAGAAGAUGAUGAAGGAGAGCGAAAGGUUUCUAGACGGGACUCAAGCUGAACCAGUCGUUGACGCCGAGGACGAGGACGAGGACGAGGACGAGGACCACGAAGCAGGAGAAGAGGAUGAACGAGAUGAUUUGGGCGAGCAGGAGGCCGAAAGAGAGGCAGAGGAGAGGCCAGAUGCGCAGACUGGAAACCCAGGACUCGCUGAGGGGCUUGAGAGUCUGUCUGUUGAUGAUAGUGCAAGGAUGAAGAUGCGCACCAUGGCAGAUUUUGGCCUUCAGCCAAUAGAGUUGCCACAAGAGCCCGACGUGAUCGCUGAAAAGUUGCAUACGAAGAAGAAGGUGACUGGAUGGGCGAUCUGAACAGGCGCUUCCUCUCUUGUGGGUCAAAGCGGCAUGGGCAUACCGGUCUGUUGAUAGAAGAAACGACCUCGUUGGUAAGGUAGUGGAAAGCUGGGGCGCGAGGACUUCGUCCGUUGAUCUGUAGUUCGACAACAUGGCCGCGCAAGUGACACAGCCCUGUCGUUGUCAGUAUCUUCCACCGGUUGCCGGCAUUUCGCGCUAAGAAUUACUUCUUCACCAUCUGCACUUGAAUACAGCCGUCGCCAAACAACAACUACCACACCUGCAGCACAAGAGCGCACUCACUGGCAGCUUCAUUCCGUGGUCAUUCAAGGAUAUCAGCAUCAUGGACAACGCCGUCGCCGAUUGCAGUAACACGCUGAGGCACGUUCUCUUCUUCCUCGUCGAGAAAAACGAGCAGAAGCAGGACGAGGCUCCCUCUCCCACGGACUCGACUACAUCAAAUGAAAGCGCAUUGACCGCAGCCACACAGAGCAGCCGCAGGUCCAAUGUCGUUCAGGUUCCCGCCCAGAGCACUCGCGCAUCGAGCCCAGCGUCGCAGCACCAGACCGACAGCGGUGCUUCCAAACCUAUCUCGCCACUCAAGGCUGACGUGCCGGCCUUCGUACCAAUGAAGACAGUUGCGGCCCCUGUGUUCGAGCAGCGCACAAUCGCUGGCAAGGGUUUCGGGCUCUUCGCCUGUCGCGACCUGCCUCAGGGCACCCGCAUCGUUCGCGAGAAACCACUGCUGGAGAUUUCGCAGAACAACCUCGACCUCGCAUACCACAAUUACUUGCGCCUCACAGAGGAGCAGAAAGCCGCAUUUGAUGCGUUGCAGUGCUACUUGCCCUCAAACGUCGACGCCGAGCAAGCCGCCAGAGUGUGCGCACUCCGAGUCGAAAUCAGCGAGGAUGACUUGCCAGGCUACAUUUCCGAGCAUGCCCGUGUCAUGGGCAUUUUUGCGUGCAACGAUUUUCAACUCGCCGACGGCCAUCUCGGUGUGUUCACCAUCGCCUCGCGCUUCAACCACUCUUGUGUGCCAAAUGUCCACCAUACCUACAACCCAUCUUUGCAUGCCGAGACCAUGCACACGAUUCACAAAAUUAAAGCUGGCGAGGAGCUGUUGGUCAACUACUUAGGACCCCAAGCAACAUACGAUAUGCGUAACACUCGCAUCGCGCAACUUCGCCUCCACUACAAUUUCACUUGCCAGUGCAUCGCGUGCACCGACGCGACUGGAAGUUCGGACCUGAGACGCGAACUACUUGGCGGAAUCUUCCAUGGUCUGAAUGAAUUUUCUGCUGGCACUCCACCGGACCAGCGGUUCGUUCCAGACUCGCCACAAAUGGCUCUUACCCACGCGGAAGAUGGCAUCCGUAUCCUGAUGGAUGAGAACCUUCUGACCGUUGAACUGACCAAGGCCUACCGCGUUGCCUCUACCCUUAGCCUCGCCAUCUACGACUACGACAGAGCGCUCGAGUAUGCCUUCAACGAAGAAGAGAUCGAGCGCAACAUCCUUGGUUUGGAGGUAGAUGAUCUUGAGCGCAUUGGUGCAGCAGCUAAGCAGUGGACCGAGGAAGUAUACCUCACUGCUUGUGGCUCUGGACACAACUUCAAGGCCCACUUCUUGCGCCAGUUCACAGACUGGAAGCAGCUUAAGGUUGAGAAGAUGGAGGCGAAGCGCAUUGCUAGGGGUUCCAUGAAGUACCAGACGCUCAACAAGAAGAAGAGCAAUUACCACAAGCGGGACAAAAAGAAGAAGCAUGAGCGCUCUCCACUGAAGCAGGAUCACUCUCCGACGAAUCAGGGUCUCUUCUCGCCGAAGCAGGGCUCUUCACGUAAGCGCGUUGCUGGUGAGGAUUCCACGCCUCCACCGACCACCGGCGAGAAUCAGUGGACUUAGCGGUUGCUUGCAUGACGGCCUUUUUCGACGGUAUGCGGCAUGUACUGAAAGUUGGCAUUUUCGAUAGAAGAGCUUGAAAACGGUUUGCUUUUUUUUGUCGCCGACGAAAUGCGUCCACGGGCCUGCAAAAGGCAGUGGUUUUGGAGGCGGAUGAAGUUGAGGGAGCAACAUUUUCGAUAGAAGAGCUUGGGACCGGUUUGCUCUUCUUUGUCGCCGAUGCAAUGCGUCCACGGGCCUAUGAAAGGCAAUGGUAAUGGAGGCGAAAUGAAGUUGGGGAAACAGCAGCGUGCUUCUCGGCGUGUAUGAGUACCUCAUGGCAAUAACA